GGCGGAGGAAGGCGACCAGAGCAGGAAGAGCAGCGGCGAGGCGGCGGCGGUGCCUGAGUCGGUGGUGGCAGAGGCGAAGGCGACAGCUCCAAGGGGUGGCAGCGGCCGCGCGAGCAGGAUGCGGGUCCGAGUUGGGCUGACGCUGCUGCUCUGUGCGGUGCUGCUGGGCUCGGCCUCGGCGUCCUCGGAUGAAGAAGGCAGUCAGGAUGAAUCCUUAGAUUCCAAGACUCCUUUGCCAUCAGAUGAGUCGGUAAAGGACCACAGCACAGCGGGCAGAGUAGUUGCUGGGCAAAUAUUUCUUGAUUCAGAAGAAUCAGAAUUAGAAUCACCUAUUCAAGAAGAGGAAGAUAGCCUCAGGAGCCAAGAAGGGGAAAGUGUCACAGAAGAAAUCAGCUUUCUAGAAUCUCCGAAUUCAGAAAACAAGGACUACGAAGAGCCAACAAAAGUACGGAAACAAGCUCUGACCGCCAUUGAAGGCACAGCACAUGGGGAGCCCUGCCACUUCCCUUUUCUGUUUCUGGAUAAGGAAUAUGACGAAUGUACAUCAGAUGGGAGGGAAGAUGGCAGAUUGUGGUGUGCUACAACCUAUGACUACAAGGCAGAUGAAAAGUGGGGCUUUUGUGAAACUGAAGAAGAGGCUGCUAAACGGCGGCAAAUGCAGGAAGCAGAAAUGAUGUACCAGACAGGAAUGAAAAUCCUCAACGGAAGCAACAAGAAAAGCCAAAAAAGAGAAGCAUAUCGGUAUCUUCAAAAGGCAGCGGGCAUGAAUCAUACCAAGGCCCUGGAGAGAGUGUCAUAUGCUCUUUUGUUUGGUGAUUACCUGACACAGAAUAUCCAGGCAGCCAAGGAGAUGUUUGAGAAACUGACUGAGGAAGGCUCUCCUAAGGGACAAACUGCUCUUGGCUUUCUGUAUGCCUCUGGACUUGGUGUUAAUUCAAGUCAGGCAAAGGCCCUAGUAUAUUAUACUUUUGGAGCUCUUGGGGGCAACCUCAUAGCACACAUGGUUUUGGGUUACCGGUACUGGGCUGGCAUCGGAGUCCUCCAGAGUUGUGAAUCGGCCCUGACUCAUUAUCGUCUUGUUGCCAAUCAUGUUGCUAGUGAUAUCUCGCUGACAGGAGGCUCAGUAGUACAGAGAAUACGGCUGCCUGAUGAGGUGGAAAAUCCAGGAAUGAAUAGUGGAAUGCUGGAAGAAGAUUUGAUUCAAUACUAUCAGUUUCUAGCAGAAAAAGGUGAUGUACAAGCACAGGUUGGUCUGGGACAACUGCACCUGCAUGGAGGUCGUGGAGUAGAACAAAACCAUCAGAGAGCAUUCGACUACUUCAAUUUAGCAGCUAAUGCUGGCAAUUCACAUGCUAUGGCCUUCUUGGGAAAGAUGUAUUCAGAGGGAAGUGAUAUUGUACCGCAGAGCAAUGAGACAGCUCUUCACUACUUUAAGAAAGCUGCUGACAUGGGCAACCCGGUCGGACAGAGUGGACUUGGAAUGGCUUACCUGUACGGGAGAGGAGUUCAAGUUAAUUAUGAUCUGGCACUAAAGUAUUUCCAGAAAGCUGCUGAACAAGGCUGGGUGGAUGGGCAACUGCAGCUUGGCUCUAUGUACUAUAAUGGCAUUGGAGUCAAGAGGGAUUAUAAACAAGCCUUGAAGUAUUUUAAUUUAGCUUCUCAGGGAGGCCAUAUCUUGGCUUUCUAUAACCUAGCACAGAUGCAUGCCAGCGGCACAGGUGUGAUGCGAUCAUGUCAUACUGCAGUGGAGUUGUUUAAGAAUGUGUGUGAACGAGGCCGUUGGUCCGAGAGGCUUAUGACGGCCUAUAAUAGCUAUAAAGAUGGCGACUACAACGCCGCAGUGAUCCAGUACCUCCUGCUGGCCGAACAAGGCUAUGAAGUGGCACAGAGCAAUGCAGCCUUCAUUCUCGAUCAGAGGGAAGCAACCAUCGUGGGGGAGAACGAGACUUACCCUAGAGCUUUGCUGCAUUGGAACAGGGCUGCCUCUCAGGGCUAUACCGUGGCUAGAAUUAAGCUUGGAGACUACCAUUUCUAUGGCUUUGGCACUGACGUAGACUACGAGACUGCAUUUAUUCAUUAUCGCCUAGCAUCUGAGCAGCAACACAGUGCACAAGCUAUGUUUAAUCUGGGAUAUAUGCAUGAGAAAGGACUAGGCAUUAAACAGGAUAUUCACCUUGCAAAACGUUUUUAUGACAUGGCAGCUGAAGCCAGCCCAGACGCCCAAGUACCAGUCUUCCUAGCACUAUGCAAACUGGGUGUGGUAUAUUUCUUGCAGUACAUACGGGAAACAAAUUUACAUGAGAGAAGUGAAGUGCUUUGCUGUCAUCAGAACAGGACUCUUCAGCUGGUGUGCUGUCAGAACAGACAGAUUCGAGAUAUGUUCACCCAGCUUGACAUGGACCAGCUUUUGGGACCUGAGUGGGACCUUUACCUCAUGACCAUCAUCGCGUUGCUCUUGGGAACAGUUAUAGCUUACAGGCAGAGGCAGCACCAGGACAUGCCUCUCCCCAGGCCUCCAGGACCACGGCCGGGGCCGCCACAGCAGGAGGGGCCACCAGAGCAGCAGCCACCCCAGUAACAGCCACCAUGUCCAGCCUUGAUCAGUGACAACCAAGGAUAUUGUCUGCUGAGAACACUUGCAUUUGAUUUAGAACUUCGGAUCAGCGGUCACCUCCUGGAAGAGGCACAAGAAGCAUUGAAUUCCUAAAGCUGCUUAGAAUCUGAUGCCUUUAUUUUCAGGGAUAAGUAACUCUUACCUACACUGAGUUGAAUGUUUGUUUCAGUGCCGUGUGGAAUAACAACUCUCAAUGGCUUCCUCUCCCGUCCCCUUUUUUUUUCUGGAAACAUGUGAGACACUCAAAUGUCUGCUGCACCCAGCUGUCUCUCUCGGGUCCUUUUCAGUCAUUCUCUCAAUGUGCAUAAGUUCUUCUAUCAACCACCUCUAAGGUCUUGUGCAUCAACACUAAAAACUGAUCACUGUAAAAAGGAAAAACCAGUUAGUUGCAAGUUUAACCUUAACAUGUUUGAAAGUCUGAAAAUAGAACUUGCCUUUUAAGUAAAAAAAAAAAAAAAAAAAAAAAAUCAAAGUGUUUCAGAACUGCAAUAACUGAGAAACUUUUACCAAUCCACAUGCAAGUAUACAUAUUGAACAUAUUUGUUAUUUUAAAAGGGAAGGCGGGGAGGUUUCUUAUUGAUGAUUGUCACACUUUAUCCCAUACUUCUCUCCUUCACAGACUGAAAGGCGUGUUAAAGAGUUUUAUGUGAACCUCACUUCUCUGGAAUGGAAUAUAUAAAACAUUGUGAACUGACUCCUUGAGCUAACAUGUGACAUUGCCCCCACUUACUCAAUGUAAUUUGCUUGUUUGUUUUGAGUAUACAGAGCCUUGAUCCAGAAGCCAGAGGAUGGACUAAGUGGGAGAAACUAGAAAACAGUGGUAAAGAACUCUAGGUAGGGUACCAAGAUGAUAGACACUUUUCCCCCAAAGAUGAAGCAUUUGUUCCCAGGAUCUCACUUUGUAUUUCUACCACAAAAGAACAGAUCUCACCCCCCUGAAGUCUUUAGAUCUGAAAUGAUAUUGCCAGGAUGUGGCAUCGAGUGACUCCCAGUAUAAAACAAGCUCAGAGACUCUAAGAUGCAUUAAACUCAGUGGUUGAGGAAAGCCAAAGCCUGUUCAUACUGUUCAGGGUGAUUUUUACUUCAGCAGUUUUCUAUUCCGGUAGAAAGUCAGCCACGUCCUUAGCUGUCAUAUUCACCAGCUUCCAACUGGUAACUUGAGGAAGAUCAAGGCUGUGCCCCUUGAGAAUUGCCUGGUUAAAUAGUGUGGAGCACAGCAACAACAAAGAAAAGCGAGGACAUCACAUAUCAUACAAAGGAAGAAAUUUAAACUUAAGCCGAAUUUGUAUUUCUUUUUAUUGUCAGAUGGUGGCAUUCACCAGCCUACAUCUAGUCUGAGACUACGUUCUUAUCUGAGCAGGCUUUCUAUGCCUCCUGACCUCAACCUGUUUAUAACAACCUUUCUACUCUUGCUCCAUAAUCCCUCACCUGCCAGAAAACUUGAAGAGUGUAUUACCUGUAGAGUUGCAAGACUUUGGUUUUUGAAGUCGGCAUUGUAUUUAGAACUAGAGUUAAUUAGUCUGUGAUGAACAUGAAGGCUUUGAAUGUGAAGUCGUAGGCUUUCUGUGUGUGUUUUGGAGGAUUACGAGAAACCUGGUAAGCAAACUUGACUCCUGUUUAAUUGCUUCCAAAUUUGAAGAGGUGGCCACAGAACCAUGUGUGUAAAAGCUUAUCUGAGAGGUAGCAAGUCUGAGCCUCGAGAGCAUCGUGUUGUUUUGGGCAGCUCUUAGUUAGACAGCUUUGACCUCUUACCCUGAGAUUCGAGUGCAGUUGACCUUUCCCCGCCACCCUUCAUAGAUGAGGAUAGUUCACAGGAGCGGCCACAUUUCAUUUCCAAGGAACCGUUUUAAUGUAUUUAAAUGUGUUAAGACCCUCCAAGAUGACUGAACUUCCCUUUCUCCCCCUCUAGCCAUCCAUCUGAUUUUUUUUAAUCUCUACCUUUACUUCCCUCCACUCGUGCUUUGAAAAGACAUUUCCUAAAGCAGUGUGCACUACCUGAAGCCAGAUGGGAAAGCGCCGUCGUGCUCUUCAUGCAAUAACAAACUCCCUGUUCGUUUACCACUACUUGCCGUGUCCUUUUUAUUACUGAUAUUCCAAGCAGCCUCUUUGUGGCUUGUUUCCACUUCCUGCUUGACCCCCCACCCCACCCCCGGGUCACUUGCUCCUGGAAAUUUGAACAGUAUAUUUACAAAUACCUUGCUUCCUCCUCGUUUUCUGUUCAUGGGACAUAAUACCUAGGCAAGUAGGAACUGGGUUUGGUGUUUCUCCUAAAAUAAUGCUCAAUACUUACCUAAUCAAAUGGCAUCCAUUUGAAUCAAAUGACAGUAACUAAAGCUAGUUAAUGUCAGUGACAUUAAAUUAACUCCGGGAUUCAGGAGUUUUAAUGUUAGAAUUUAGAGUUAGCAGAUUGAGUGCAGCUUCUCUUUCUCCGUGGUAGCCUGUCUCCUGACCCCUCUAGCCUGUCUUCCUGCCUUCGAAGGUGAGGACAGUAGUACUUAGCUUAUAUUCUCCUCUGCGUUCGGUUUGUGGUUAGUCAACUAUUUCAGUCUUGAGACCAUCCCUUUGCUUCUGUUUUAUGUUACAAAGGUAGCAUUGGUGUUUGGGAUUUUGUUUUGUUUUGUUUUCUUUCUGUGUUUGAAGUUUUUGUUUUCUGAAUAAGGCUUAUUUUAUUUUUGGUUAAUAUUCAAUGGCACAGAAAAAGGAAAAGCCUUUUUUUCCGAACUUCCUUAUUUUAACACUUAAAUGAGAUUUACUUUGAAUCAUUUACUGUAGUACGCUUGAGGAUUUACCUUGUGCAUAUAAGGUUAAUUAAUUUGUGGAAGUUUUACUGCUAAGCUGAGCUAGCUCUGUACCAUUGAGAAGUUGUCGAAACUUCUGUGAUGAUCUGGCCAUGAUCUGAUGCUUUAUUUAAUUAAGGAGCUGCUGUUGCCUCCAGGAAACUUAAGUAUUUUGUAUAGGAUUUUUUUUUUCUUUUGCUUCAUUUUUCCCUCCUUUCUUUGGUUCUCAUAUUUGUUCUUCAAACCAGUGUUUUGGAAGUAUGCAUGCAAGCCUGUGAGUGGAGACCACAACUCUUCAUGUGUGUAGUAUAUGUAUUACUGACUAGUUCCAUCUGCAAAAAAACUUCCUUUACAGAGGUUUGGACUAACGUUUCACAUGCACAUUUCAGAACAGUGUCAGAUAAACAGCCCCUAUACCUGCCAAGAAGAGCAGUGUGGGCUUCUUUUGCCCUGACGACAGCUAGUAUUUGUUCUAGAAGUGAAUUUAAUAUGUGUUGCACAAUAUUGUGACCAGAAGAAUGCAAGCAAUAAGGCAAAAGAAACUUCUGUUUUCAUGAAAAUCUUCAUCCUCAGUCAUUGCUCUCCAAUAUAAGUGAAAAUACAAAAUUUUUGAACACCACAUUAUCUAAGACACUACCUGAUUUUUCAGGUAUAGUAGUUCUUGAUGCUAAAUUUCUCCUUUCACUUGGUAUUUCAAGAAAGUCUAAAAUAUCCUGAGUAAAAAUGAUUUGUAUUUUAAAGUGACUAUUUGCAGAAGCAAAACUCUGUUUGUGUGUGCAUGAGGAUGUCCUGAUUAUGUGCAGGAAGUCAUCUCACAUGCACUGUUUUUCCUGUCUGAAUGACAGACAAGCUGACACUAGUCUCUUUGAUUUAAGAAAAGAAAUCAUAAUGUCAAAUACGAUCAAGGUAUAACCACUAUCAAUAUUUAGGAGAAGUUUAAAAGACCAUAAGCUGGCAUUGGAAGGAACACCAUGGUAGACUUUUUUGUAAAUUUAUUUUGUAUUUAAUUAAAUACGGUAUAAAGGCUGGUGAAGUGUAAUAUAAUUGUGUAAACAAAUCCUGUUAAUAGAGAGAUGUACAGAUUCGUUUUGUACUGUAUCUUGAAACUUGUGAAAUAAAGAAUCCACCUCUGGUUAUCCUGUA